UGUUUUGUUUAUUUUUUUCAAACUAUUGAAGAUAAUUUGAACAUUGGAUUUCAUCUUUGGCUUGAAGCGAUUUCGUAUUUUCUUAAGAGAGUUUCUUCAACUGAACAAUUGCUCGUUUCCAAACCAAAGACGUUAUUGUAUUCAAUACCAUCAAGUACAAUGAUGGCAUCGUUUAGUAAUUUGAAAUCAAUUUUGUUUGUCGUCAUAAUAUUGAUGAUUGUUACUACAAAAACGAUAUCGGCUCAUGGCUCAUCAAUAAGUCCAUAUGUUGGUUUUGGUUACAAUCCAAUAGUCAGCCCUUUUUAUGGCUAUGGAUUGGCCAAUGCUCUCGGCUUUGGCUUCGAUCAUUUAAGCUAUUAUGGAAAGCCAUGGUAUGGUGGCUAUGGAAUCGGUUAUCCAUUUGGAAAUGGUUACGGUCUUGGAUAUGGAAUGGGCAUGGGUUACGGGAUGGGAUUUCCAGCAAUGAAUCUUGGAAUGGGUCAUGGUGGAAUAGGAUAUGGCGUUGGUCUAGGAGUUGGUUACGGUGCUGGAUAUGGAGCAGGCAUUGGCCCAGGUGUCGGGGGCUAUGGAUGGAUCAACAAAAAAGAAGGAUUCGAUAGUGCAUUCGAUCCUAUGAUGGGUGGUGGUGGUGGGGUUAGUGGUGAUUUUCACAAAACUGCUCGUAAUGGUCGAGAAUUGAAUCUUUCAUCUUCAACCGAUUUGAGUACAACACCAUCAUCAUCAUUGGCAUCGUUAAUUAUGAACAGGAGUUUAAAAACAAUUUCUUCAUCUGCAAAUAAACAAUCGUCAUCGCCAUCAUCUCAAUCACAGCACUAUUCGACCAAUAUUGUCGAUCAUUCAUUAUAAUAAUUAUUUUAUUUUAUAUAAACUUUUA